CCACUGAAUACAUUAGCCCUUUUAUUUUUCCCCAUCAUCUUCUCCAGCCUCUUGCUUCCCCCCCAAAUGGGUACAAGGAAGCGACACAAGCAAACCACCAAAAGAGAAAAAAGACCAAAAUCAAUUUAAAACACAGAGUGGGGGAAAAACCCAACUAAACAACCAAAACCUCAUUCGGGAACUUGACAAAGUUCUCUAAUGGUGGUUCUGGGAUCUGGGUCUCUUCCAUUGUCAUCAAAAUUGGUUGUUGGGUGUCGUAUGGGCAUGGGAGUAGGAGCUUCUCCUGCUGACCCGACCCGUACCCGCUUUGUUUCGUCGUCGCCGUCGCCGUCGUCGUCGUCUUCUUCUCCCUUCGGUUUGUCGCCAGAUUUUGCAAUGUCAGCCUUCUCGUCUUCGAUCCUUAGCCUUCCAUCUCUCAGGUUCAGUAAAGGUGGGCGAUGGAGGAGUGUGAAUAAGAGGAAGAGGAUGCGUACUGGGGGUCUUGUUUUGGCUGCUGCCCCUUCGAAGAGCAAUCAGCCAGUGAAUUGCUGUCCAAAUUCCAAUCUUGAGAUGAUGAAGACUGCGAGGGAAAAGUUUAUGCAGGAGAUUUCAUUUAGGUGCAAGGAUAAGGAUGUUUCUCUUGCCAAGGCUUUAUUGCUUGUUGCUGCUGAAGAUGAAGCUUUCAUGGCUUACAAUCGAGAUAUGGAUGCACACUCUAUUUUAAAUGAAAGGAAAGAUGCUUCCUUACCAUUUGAAUCUCCAUCCGAAUGCAACAGCAUAGAAGAAAUUUCUUUAGCUGGCAAGACUAUUUUUGGUUGGUUAAAUGAGUUGGAGGUAAUAGCAAAGGAAGUGGAAGCAGAGUUAGUCUCAAGAGAUAUUGGUUGUCACUUGGUGGAAGUCUUAGAGGCCGUAAAUGUUGUUCUUUUUGAAUUGAGAGGAUUCAAAAGAUUUCAUGUGCUUGUAGACUCAAGAUGCUCAUACUUGCACACUGUACUUAGCUCUGGACGUAGCAAUGCAAUUAUGUUUAGCAUCAUUUAUAUCGAGGUAUGCCGCAGACUUGGGGUUAGCAUAGUAGGUUCUCGAGUUGGGGAAGAUUUUCUUAUUUGGCCUCAGACUGAGAACUUGGAGGAACUUUUCAGGGCUUCUUCUGGAAGCAGCUGGUUGGCCAAAGUUAAUGGCCGAUGUGUUGAAGAUCCUAAAUCAAAGGCAUCCGACCUGAAUAGCAAAGCACUUUUAGGGCUCGACAUUGUUACUAACAGAGAUAUUAUAGGGAUUGCACUGGCUAAUUUGAUUAGGCUUCACUGGAAACGUGCAUCAAAGUCGAACCAUGGGUUGAUGUUAACAUCUCCAUUGAGGCCAAUACACAAUGAGGGUUCAAAAGUUCCUCUGCUUCGGCCCCAGGAAUUGAGGUUGGCUAUUAUGGCAUCAGAGAGAAUGCUGAUUCUCCAGCCUCACAAUUGGUGUCUGAGGCGAGACCACGGCAUGCUUUUGUACUAUAGCAGGAAGUACGCUGAAGCUGUUCAAGAACUUAGCAUCUGCAUGGCAUUUGCACCCGUGGAGGAGGCAGAGGUUCUGGAGCCGUUCGUUGAGAAACUUCAUCUGCUGCGUGUCGAAUCCUCGUGGAAAUCUUUAGAUCAAGCUGGGUCUCUAGCUGUUCCUUGAGGUUUUAGUUGUACAUGGUUUAAAAGUUUUAAAUUAUCGAAGCCCGUAAUGAUGUCGUCUUAUGAACAUUUUAGAUCUGAUGUUCUUGUCUCAGUUUUAGCUGGUUGCACUUCUUAAUGUAAAAAUGAAUAUGCGAAUCAAGCAGAUUGGCCACAUAAAAAGAUGCUUUCUUUA